CAAAGUCAGUGAGAUACCAACAACAUUGGUGUCCACAGUUCUAAGAAAUCGAUGAUGUCUUUGAAGUGUCUUUCGUGCUGAAACAGACUUGGGCUGCAUUGUUUCCUCUUUUUUGCUUUGCAGCAUAAGUAGGAAGUGCACCGGGCUCACUGUUGUCUGGAGACCCCAGCGGAAGGUGGACCUAUCCACCACGGAGAGCUCCUGGGGGAAGAACACAGUGGAAGGAAGAACAACAAAAGCUGUUAAGAUAGGCCUGGCCAGGUCCCCAGCCUGAGAGGAACAGAAGAUUCCUGGGCAGUGAGGACUCCCAAAACUACCUGAAGUGUAGACCCACCUCUGUCGGCCACCUGCGUAUCCAGAGCUGACCAGGGAGAUGGCGCUGACUCGGUGGCUGCUCUCCAUCUUCCUGUUGGCUCUGUGCUGGGGUUGCAGCAUGGCGGGGAUCCAAGGGUGGGAACCAAAUUCCCUUUUCUAAACAUCAGGCUGGACAGAACAGACACCACAGCUGAUGGGAGAGACAAGGGACACAUGGAGGUGGGGAGGGAUGACCCCUCCUGCCUCUCCCCGGUCAGAGGCCGUCCCCCUGCAGAGCCUGAGCUGCUAUAACGACUACACCAGCCGCAUCCAGUGCAGGUGGGCGGACACCGAGGCUGCCCAGCGGUACAUCAAUGUGACCCUCUAUCGCUGGCAGGACAAUUACCCUCCAGAGCCAGUGCCCUGUGAUCUCAGUGACGACAUGCCCUGGCCAGACUGCCCUUCUCCACCCUGUGUGUCCAGAAGAUGUGUCAUCUCUCACAGUUUCUUCGUCACUGGUGGCAAUGACCACUUCUCCUUCCAACCAGACAGGCCUCUGGGUGCCCAGCUCACCGUUACUCUGACCCAGCAUGUCCAGCCCCCUGAGCCCGAGGAUUUGCAGGUCAGCCAUGCUGGGGACGGCUUCCUGCUGACCUGGAGGGCGCACCUUGGAGGCCUCCAGAGCCGCUGGCUGUCUGAGAGGCACCUGGAGUCUGAGCUGGUCUACCGGCGGCUUCAGGACUCCUGGGAGGAAGCCUCCACCCUCUACUCCAGCUCCUCCCAGGCCAUCCUGGGGCUGGAGCACCUCAUGCCCAGUAGCACUUACGUGGCCCGUGUGCGGACCUGGCUUGCCCCAAGCACAGGGCUCUCGGGGCAGCCCAGCAAGUGGAGCCCAGAGGUCCGCUGGGACUCCCAGCCAGGGGAUGAGGCCCAGCCCCAGAACCUCCAGUGCUUCUUCAACGGGGCUGACGUGCUCAGCUGCUCCUGGGAUGUGAGGUCCGUGGUGGCCAGCUCGGUCCCCUUCACCCUCUUCUACAAGCCCAGCCCCGACACGGAGGAGAAGGAAUGCUCUCCAGUGCUGAAAGAGAAGCUCAGCAGCCCCUACACCCGGCACCGGUGCCAGAUUCCUGUGCUGGACUCCGAGACCCAUGACCAGUACACAGUCUCUGUGAAGCCAAAGAAGGAGGAGAAAUUGAUAAAGAGCUCAGAGCACAUCCAGAUGGGCUGCCCAACCCUCAAUGUGACCAAGGAUGGGGACAGCUACAUCCUGCACUGGGAAGCAGACAAGGACUUAGCACCCAACUUCGAGGUCCAGUACAGGAAGGACACCGCCUUGUGGAAGGAGGCCAAGACUGAGGCUUUACAAAACACAUACAGCCUGUGGCUCUCGGGGCUGGAGCCCUCCACCAGGUACUGGGCUAGGGUGAGGGUCAAGCCCACCCCUGCCAUCUACAAUGGGAUCUGGAGUGAGUGGAGUGAGGCGCGCUCCUGGGACACCGAGGGAGUACUGCCUGUGUGGGCCCUGGCAUUCAUCCUGGUCCUCGUCACUCUCGCCCUGCUCCUUGCCCUCUUCUUCUGCAGCAUCCAUGGUUACAGGCUGAACCACGAGUGGAAGGAGAAAAUCCCUAACCCCGGCAAGAGCCACCUGUUCCAGAAUGGAGGUGCAGGACUCCGGGUCCCAGACAGCACGUUGGCCUUCACCAGCAGAAGCCUCUUACACAAGUGUCCGUGUGACAGCCUCAUCCCAGAGCUGGAGGGGGUGUGCCCUGAACACUGUGGGGACAGCAAGGUGUCACCACUCACCACAGAGAAGCCCAAGAAAGCCUCUGACUCACCGUCUGGACCUCACAUGACUCCAGCUGCCUUGGAGCCCAUGGAGCAGCCCCCGAGCCCCCAGCCCGGCCUGUCCCCACCCUCAGGCAUGCCCAAAAGCCAGGCUUCUGGCUUCAAUUUCAAUGGCCCCUACAUUAGGCUACCCCAUAGCCGCUCCCUGUCUGACUUCUGGGGUCAGCUGACGUCCCCUGAUGUGGGCAGGAGUGAGAAGCCACUGCCACCAGGGUCCCUGGAGUACCUGUGUCUGCCCGCUGGGGGACAGGUGCAACUGGUUCCGCUGGCCCAGGCCAUGGGGCAGAGCCGGGUCACGGAUGUGGAGGGGUUGCCCAGCCCAGGGUCUGAGGGGAGCUUCUCCCUGCAGUCAGGGAAAGGCCCUGCCCCUCCUCUACCUGGGCCCAUGGUGGAUGCAUGCGACCCAAAGGAUAGCCCAUCUGCUCUGCCCGCUGGUGCUGGGAGCCCCCAGGACAGUGUCGUGGCCUCUGGCUAUGUCACCACUGCAGAUUUGGUGUUCGACCCACCCCCAGAGGCCCUGUCUGGCACCCUGACACCCCCUCUGGGUCGCCCCUCUCACCAGGACCCCAGCUCCUGUCCUGGGCUGGCCAGUGGACCCCCUGGAGGCCCAUCCCCACUGCAGCCAGGGCUUGAGGACUAUGUGGGACUCCCUCCAACCACAGGCUAGCCUCCCAUGUCCCCUUUCUGCAGCCCUGUCUCUGUUGUACCUAGCAGCGGUGUUCAGACUAAGAUACCCUGGCCCCAGACACCUUUGCCAGAUCAUGUGCCAAGUGCCAAGUGCACGUAUACUUCCCAUCCUCAAAGCCAUGAAGCCCUCUAGGUUCCAGCUCUGCCCUGGGCAAUGCCAACAGGCCUGGAGAGGCGUGGCUGCCGCCUGUCUCAGUCCGAGCUCUGGCACCUCCUUGCCUCCUUGUACCAACCCCUGACUGCUUCCCCAGAAUUUUCAGUGUAUCUAGAGGAGGGCUCUGUGGUGAUGGGCUGUGGUGCUAGAGCUUUGUUGUGCGUCUGAUUCACCCUCAGAGCUUGUUAAGACACAGAGUUUCUGAUUCAGCUGGGCUGGGGCAAGGCCCAAUGAUUUGCAUUUCUAAAGAGUUCACAGGUGACACCAAAGCUGCUGGUCCAGGGCUGCACUUGAGAGCCCCUGGUGUAGAAGAAAAUCCAAACACCACUUGCUUUAAUUCUAUCCCUCACUCAUGCUGUGCCUCUGAGCAUCUCGAGAACGAUUUGGGUGUGAUUUUCACUCCAUUCCCAUAUCUGCGAUUUUCCAAUUAUUGCGUAACGGGCAGGGAUUGCUAGUAAUUAAGACUACAAAAAAAAAAGGAAAAAAACCCAGUGCCCUUGAGUCGAUUCUGACUCAUAGCGACCCUAUAGGACGGAGUAGAACUGCCCCAUAAAAACUAGUUAUGUGUAAUUCAUUAAUUGAUCAAGAUUAUUUUUUUUUCCUUGUUUCCAUUUUAUUACUGAUUUUUGGAUUUACUGCAGUGCAACAGAAAAUGUAGCUUGUAGAAUCCUUAGUAUCUGGAUUUUCUUUAAAGUUUUCUUUGUGCCUAAGUAGAUCAAAUGUCUGUCUAUGCUCUCUAGGAAUAAGAGAAGAAAAGUAAAAGAGUAUAAUCUCUCUCUCUCUAUAUAUACCAUGUGUACACAUAUACAUACAUUUACAAAUAUACAUAUACAUAUUCACCUAUAUAAUUCAUUUGUAAGUUAUUGUUUAUUAUACAUUAUUUUACAAGGCAGUAGAGAGUAGUGUUAAUUCAUAUUAAUUUGGAUUCUUUUGCUAGAGUGUCUGGGUUCAAGCCCGAGCUUCACUACUUACCACCUGUGCCUCUGUUUCCUCAUCUGUAAAAUGGGAUGAUAAUCAUACCCAUCUCCUAGGGAUUAAGUUAAUCAAGUGCCUGGCAUAAAGUUAACUGCUGUCUAAGUGUCACCUCUUACAUGAUUUCUGUCAUUCAUUCAGCAAAUUUUUAUUGAGUGACUAUUGUGUCUUGCAGAAACCCUGGUGGUGUAAUGGUUAAGAGGUAUGGCUGCUAACCAAAAGGUGGGCAGUUCGAAUCUACCAGGCGCUCCUUGGAAACUCUACGGGGGCAGUUCUACUCUGUCCUGUAGGGUCCCUAUGAGUUGGACUCGACGGCAGCAGGUUUUCUUACCCAUCUGCUCUGCCAAAUAGUGAACAAGUGCAUUAAAGUCUUCAACUGGGAUUUAGUCUUAAUCAAAUUCUCUGUAUUUAUAAGAUUUUUGCCUUUGGAAUUUCCCUAUAUCGUUCAGUUUUAAAAGGUUUGUGAUGAUUAUAUCUUCGUGGAUUGUUAAUUUUCCGUUUAAAAGUUCUUUGUCUCAUUUAAUAUACUUGACCUUAACUUUUGGUUAAUCUAAUAAUAACACUGCUCCUUGUACUUUGUUGUUCUGGUAAUUAGCAUUUGCCUAAUACAUCUUUCCAAUCCAUUAUGUUUAACUUUCAGGUCGUUUUUCUUGGAGUGUGUCUUGAAAACUGUUUGUAGCUACAUUAAAAAAAAAUCCAGUCCAAUCUGAGAAUCCUUGCCUUAGUAGAUCCAUUGGCUUUUAUUGAUAACAAAUAAUUAUUUUGUUUUAUUUUAUUUCUUUUUCACUUUCCACACUUUCGAUAUAUUACCAUGGUAAAAAUUACUGGCUUUAUUUUACAAAAGCAACCCAUAACCUUAAAAAGGUCAGUUUGAAAUAGAACUUCGAACCAGUUUGUUCAGUUUCGAGCCCCUGCUGAGAAUUUUCACUUCUACUCUCAGAUAUGCUGAAUCAGAUUCUACAUUUUAACAAGAUCCCCAGGUGAUUCUUAUGUAUAAUGCAUUUCGAGAACAUUGCUCUACUUGUGAUUCUCAGAAUAGGCCCUAACCACCAGCGUUAGCAUCGCCUGGGAACUUGUUAGAAAUGCAAAUUCUCAGCAGGGGUUCAAACUGGAAGCAAUGGUUUGAAGCCCUGGUUUGAAAGUCUGUAGAAUAACAAUCUCCAGUUUCAACCCCUCAACAGAGACUGAGCAAAGCCAUAAAUGAGGACUUCUAGUGCCUUUGGCAUCCAGCAAUUAGUCAAACUUCACUCUCCACCGCCCUCCACUCUCCUCAGCAGAAUAAUUGAGUCACCUCGACCGGGAAGUGGAAGAGAGAGAGUGAUGAAUUUCCAGAAACUCUGCAGCAACAAAUACUGUCAGCACACAUACCAGGUGGGCGUGCUAGGUCCCGAGGGAGACACUGGAGCCUGAGAUGGGCAAGACAGGGGCUGGGCCUCAGGGAGCUCUCCGUCUAGGCAGAACACAAAGAUAUAAACAAAAUCAAACUGAACCCAUUGCUGUCAAUUCGAUCGAGACUUAGAGCAACCCUAUAGGACAGAGUAGAACUCCCCCACACGGUUUUCAAGGCUGUACAUCUUUACAGAAGUGGUCCACCACACCUUUUUCCUGUGGAGCAGCUGGUGGGUUCGAACCACUGACCUUCUGGUUAGCAGCUGAACUCUUAACAACUGCACCACCAGGGCUCCUUACACGAAGAUAUAAACUCCCCCCGCCCCCAAAAAACCAAACCCAUUGCCGUCAAGUCGAUUCUGACUCAUAGUGACCUUAUAGGACAGAGCAGAACUGCUGCACAGGGUUUCCAAGGAGCGGCUGGUGGAUUCGAACUGCUGACCAUUUGGUUAGCAGCCAAGCUCUUAGCCACUGUUCUACCGGGGCUAUUUCCAUGAAGAUAUAGAAGUCAAUAAAGGCAAAGGGACAAAACGUAGUGGGAGGACAGAGAGGCUGAACUGGGCUCUGCUUGGGUGGAAAUGGGGCUAUGAAGAGAACAAGAGGGGACUUCCCUAAGGAGCCCUACUUGAGUUAGGAUUUACAGAGUGCUCAAAGGUCCCAGGGAAGAUAAAGUUACCUCUGCACAGGGCCCACAACAUGACCCUAAGUCAUCUGCAUUUCAACCCUUUGGCCACACCACUUGCCACACUGCCUCCACUGGCUGCCCAACAUUUAUUUUUUUCAUAUAAUUUUAUUUAUUUUGUUGUUAUUGUUGAGAAUAUACACAGCAAAACAUACACCAAUUCAUCAGUUUCCACAUGUACCAUUUAGUGACAUUGAUUACAUUCUUUGAGUUGUGUAACCCUUCUCACCCUCCUUUUCUAAGUUGUUCCCUCCAUUAACAUAAAUUUAUAGCCGUUUCUUAUCUGAUCUUUCAGUUACCGUUAUCAAAUUUGAUUCCUUAUAGAUAGUUCUUAAAAAAGCAUACAUUGAAGGAGGUGGAGCCAAGAUGGUGGAAUAGACAGACACUUCUGGCGGGCCCUCUUUACAACAAAGACCUGAAAAACAAGUGAAACAAGUAUAUUUACGACAAACUAGGAGCGCUGAGCAUCAAAGGCAAGCUUAGAAAAUGAACAGAGGGGCAGGGAGAGGAAGAGACUGUUCACAAGUGGAGAGGAGCUAUCAGACCUGAAUCUCAGGGAGCCCUCAGGCACCAUUCCCAGAGUGGUGGCUGCGGUGGGCUGGUACUAGUGUUCCGAUGCAGUUUCCUCAGGGAGAAGCAGCCAGCCACACAGCCUACUCACACCUCCAGAACCUGAGAAGAACGGUGCUCUCGGCAAAAGCUAAGUACUUGCAUAUAUUUUACAGCUCCCCAUCUCCCCACCCCCGCCAAGCCAGCUUCAGCAGCUGAAUUCCCUGGGCCAGAGAUAGGACCUGUUGAGUUCCUAGAGCCAUCCUCUGGGGCUUGGAGAAGGAAAAAAUUUGCACUUGGGGGAAAAGAUAAUUUGCCAGCUCCACUAACCACGGGAGCUCAGGGCAGAAGCGGCUCCUGUCCAGGCAUAAAUGGUCCAUGGACUUUGAGCACCUCUCCCCUCUGUAUGGACCUGUGUGGGCCUAUUUUAGUAGAAUAGGCCCUUGCUGGCAGACUCUAACCUUUUCAGCUGUGUAGUGGAGAGGUGGGUGUUUGAUGUUUGGCAUUGCUUUGCCUAUUAAACAGGGUCCUCACCUACCCACAUCAGGGGCCUAAGGACUGGUAGCUCCACUCAGGUCACCCAGCCACCCACAACAGGGGUCCGAGGCUAAUGGGUACCUCGCAGUCCUUACAACCAAAAAUAUUGGGUGCCCAUGGUCCAUCCACAGAACCUACCCACCUGCAUGAUCUAGGGAACAGGGAUGUCCUUUUCCCAGAGACACUUGCGGGUCAGUUCUCAGCCCCCUGCCUUGUUCUGAGUGUGACCCCCUGCUGCAAUCAGAUACCAGUACAUAUGCCAAUUACCCCUGCCCCUCUAAGACUGUAAAACAGAGCCCAUACCACACAUUUGAUGAUCAGCUACCUGGACACCUGAGCUGAAUUCAUACAAGAAAACUGAAUGGACUCCUAGACUGAUAUACCUUAUUACAGCUCUAGCCAUCUGGGGACAGGAUGUCAGAGCUCCAAAAGCAAAAAUAAUCAAGGUAGCUCACUCAAGCAACCCACUUGGGCAUAUCAAAACAAAUCAAAGCAAGAAGUUACAACACAGUAAGCAAGCAUAAACUAAUACAAUAACUUAUAGAUGGCUCGGAGAAAACAGUCAAUAUCAAGUCACAUGAAGAACAGACCAUGAUCACCUCAACAGGCUCUCAAAACAAAGAAUCCAGGGAUCUUCUAGAUGAAAGUGCAUUCCUGGAAUUACCAGAGGCAGAAUACAAAAGAUUAAUAUACAGAACCCUUCAAGACAUCAGGAAGGAAAUGAGGCAAUAUGCAGAACAAGCCAAGGUACACACUGAUAAAGCAACUGAAGAAAUUAGAACGAUUAUUCAGGAACAUAAUGAAAAAAUUAAUAAGCUGGAAAAAUCCAUAGACAGAUAAAAAAUAUAGCAAUCAGAAAUUCAGAAGAUUAACAAUAAAAUUACAGAAGUAGACAACUCAGUAGAAAGUCAGAGGAGCAGAAUUGAGCAAGUAGAAGCCACAAUUUCUGAACUUGAAGAUAAAUCACUUGGCACUAAUAUAUUUGAAGAAAAAUCAGGUAAAAGAAUUUAAAAAAAUGAAGAAAUCUUAAGAAUCAUAUGGGACUCUAUCAAGAGAAAUAACCUACGAGUGAUUGGAGUACCAGAACAGGGAGAGAUAACAGAAAAUACAGAGAGAAUUACUGGAGAUUUGUUGGCAGAAAACUUCCCUGAUAUCAUGAAAGAUGGAAGAUAUCUAUCCAAAGUGCUCAUCGAGCUCCACGUAAGGUAGAUCUUAAAAGAAAGUCACCACGACAUAUUAUAACCAAACUUGCCAAAACCAAAGAUAAAGAGAGAAUUUUAAGAGCAGCUAGGGAUAAACGAAAAGUAACCUACAAAGGAGAGCCAAUCAGAAUAAGCUCAGACUACUCAGCAGAAACCAUGCAGGCAAGAAAGCAAUGGGAUGACUUAUAUAAAAAAUUGAAGGAGAAAAAUUGCCAGCCAAGGAUCAUAUAUCCAGCAAAACUGCUCUUAAAUGUGAAGGUGAAAUUAGGACAUUUCCAGAUACACAGAAGUUCAGGGAAUUCAUAAAAACCAAACCAAAACUACAAGAAAUACUAAAGGGAGUUCUUUGGUUAGAAAAUCAAUAAUAUCAGGUAUCAACCCGAGACUAGAACACUGGGCAGAGCCAUCAGAAGUCAACCCAGAGAGAGAAAUCAAAAAAACAAACCAAGAUUAAAUAAAAAACUCAAAACAGGGUACCAGCGAUGUUAUUAUAUAAAAGAAGACAAUAUUAAAACAAUAAAAAAGGACUAAAAAGUUCAAUCAUAAAUCUUCCACGUGGAGAGGAAGACACGACGAUACAAAGAAAUAGAAGUUAGGUUUAACUUUAGAAAAAUAGGGGUGAAUAAUAAGGUAACCACAAAGGAGACAAACUAUCCUACUCAUCAAAAUAAAAUAGAAGAAAAAAAAUAGAGACUCAACAGAAACAAAAUCAACAACGAAUAUGAGGAAAGGACACUAUAUAAAGAUAAUCUACUCAGCACAUAAAACAACCUCCCAAAAAAAGACAUCAAAAUGAUAGCACUAAACUCAUGGAAAAAAAAACCAAAAAAACCAAAAAACUCAUACCUAUCCAUAAUUACGCUGGAUGUAAAUGGACUAAAUGCACCAGUAAAGAGACAGAGAGUGGCAGAAUGGAUUAAAAAACAAGAUCCAUCUAUAUGCUGCUUACAAGAGACACACCUUAGACUUAUAGACACAAACAAACUUAAACUCAAAGGAUGGAAAAAAAUAUAUCAAGCAAACAGCAAUCAAAAAAGAGCAGGAGUGUCAAUACCAAUUUCUGACAAAAGAGACUUUAAAGUUAAAUCCAUCAUAAAGGUUAAGGAAGGACACUAUAUAAUGAUUAAAGGGACAAUAUACCAAGAAGAUAUAACCAUAUUAAAAAUCUAUGCACCCAAUGACAGCGCUGUAAGAUACAUAAAACAAACUCUAUCAGCAUUGAAAAGUGAGGUAGACAGCUCCACAAUAACAGUAGGAGACUUCAACACACCAGUUUCGGUGAGCGACAGGACAUCCAGAAAGAAGCUCAAUAAAGACACGGAAGAUCUAAAUGCCACAAUCAACCAACUUGACAUCAUAGACAUAUACAGAACACUCCACCCAACAGCAACCAAGUAUACUUUCUUUUCCAGUGCACAUGGAACAUUCUCUAGAAUAGACCACAUAUAAGGGCAUAAAGCAAGCCUUAGCAGAAUCCAAAACACUGAAAUAUUACAAAGCAUCUUCCCUGACUAUAAGGCCAUAAAAGUGGAAAUCAAUAAGAGGAAAAGCAGGGAAAAGAAAUCAAACACUUGGAAACUGAGCAAUACCCUGCUCAAAAAAGACUGGAUUAUAGAAGAUAUUAAGGAUGGAAUAAAGAAAUUCAUAGGAUCCAAUGAGAAUGAAAGCACUUCCUAUCAGAACCUAUGGGACACAGAGAAAGCAGUGCUCAGAGAUCAAUUUAUAUGAAUAAAUGCACACAUCCAAAAAGAAGAAAGGGCCAAAAUCAAAGAAUUACCCCUACAACUUGAACAAAUAGAAAGAGAGCAACAAAAGAAACCCUCAGGCACCAGAAGAAAACACAUAAUAAAAAUUAGAGCAGAACUAAAUGAAAUAGAAAACAAAAAACAACUGAAAGAAUUAACAAGACCAAAAGUUGGUUCUUUGAAAAAAUCAACAAAUUUGAUAAACCAUUUGCCAAACUGACAAAAGAAAAACAGGAGAGGAAGCAAAUAGCCUGAAUAAGAAAUGAGAUGGGCGAUAUUACAACAUACCCAACUGAGAUUAAAAGAAUAAUAUCAGAUUACUAUGAAAAAUUGUGCUCUAACAAAUUUGAAAACCUAGAAGAAAUGGAUAUUUCCUAGAAACACACUACCUACCUAAACUAACACAAACAGAGGUAGAAAAACUAAAUAGACCCAUAACAAAAGAAGAGAUUGAAAAAGUAAUCAAAAAACUCCCGACUAAAAAAAAAAAAAAAAACCCUGGCCUGGAUGGCUUCACUGCAGAGUUCUACCAAACUUUCAGAGAAAAGUUGACACCACUACUACUAAAGGUAUUUCAGAGCAUCGAAAAGGACGGAAUACUACCAAACUCAUUCUAUGAAGCCACCAUAUCCCUGAUUCCAAAACCAGGUAAAGACAUCACAAAAAAAAGAAAAUUACAGACCUAUAUCCCUCAUGAACUUAGAUGCAAAAAUCCUCAACAAAAUUCUAGCCAAUAGAAUUCAAGAACAUAUCAAAAAAAAUAAUUCACCAUGACCAAGUGGGAUUCAUACCAGGUAUGCAGGGAUGGUUCAACAUUAGAAAAACAAUUAAUGUAAUCCACCACAUAAAUAAAACAAAAGACAAGAAUCACGUGAUUUUAUCAAUUGAUGCAGAAAAGGCACUUGACAAAGUUCAACACUCAUUCAUGAUAAAAACUCUCAGCAAAAUAGGAAUAGAAGGAAAUUCCUCAACAUAAUAAAGGGCAUUUAUACAAAGCCAACAGCCAACAUCACCCUAAAUGGAGAGAGCCUGGAAACAUUCCCACUGAGAUCAGGAACCAGACAAGGAUGCCCUUUAUCCACUCUUAUUCAACAUUGUGCUGGAGGUCCUAGCCAGAGCAAUUAGGCUAGAUAAAGAAAUAAAGGGCACCCGGAUUGGCAAGGAUGAAGUAAAAUUAUCUCUUUUUGCAGAUGACACGAUCUUAUACACAGAAAACCGUAAGGAAUCCUUCAGAAAACUACUGAAACUAGUGGAAGAGUUCAGCAGAGUAUCAGGAUACAAGAUAAACAUACAAAAAUCAGUUGGAUUCCUCUACACCAACAAAAAGAACAUCGAAGAGGAAACCACCAAAUCAAUACCAUUUACAGUAGCCCCCAAGAAGAUAAAAUACUUACGAAUCAAUCUUACCAGAGAUGUAAAAGACUUAUACAAAGAAAAGUACAACACAUUUCUGCAAGAAACCAAAAGAGACCUACAUAAGUGGAAAAACAUACCUUGGUCAUGGAUAGGAAGACUUAACAUUAUAAAAAUGUCUAUUCUACCAAAAGCGAUCUAUACAUUUAACGCAAUUCUGAUCCAAAUUCCAAUGACAUUCUUUAAUGAGAUGGAGAAACAAAUCACCAACUUCAUAUGGAAGGGAAAGAGGCCCCAGGUAAGUAAAGCAUUACUGAAAAAGAACAAAGUGGGAGGCCUUACUCUACCUGAUUUUAGAACCUAUUAUGCCUCCACAGUAGUCAAAACAGCCUGGUACUGGUACAACAACAGAUACAUAGACCAAUGGAACAGAAUUGAGAAUCCAGACAUAAAUCCAUCCACAUAGGAGCAGUUGAUAUUUGACAAAGGCCCCAAAACAGUUAAAUGGGGAAAAGACAGUCUUUUUAACAAAUGGUGCUGGCAUGACUGGAUAUCCAUCUGCAAAAAAAUGAAACAAGACUGACACCUCACUCCAUGCAAAACACUAACUCAAAAUGAAUCAAAGACCUAAAUAGAAAAUCUAAAAUGAUAAACAUCAUGGAAGAAAAAAUAGGGACAACAUUAGGAGCCCUAAUACAUGGCAUAAACAGUAUACAAAAUAUCACUAACAAUGCAGAAGAAAAACUAGAUAACUGGGAUCUCCUAAAAAUCAAACACCUAUGCUCAUCCAAAGACUUCACCAAAAGAGUAAAAAGAUUAACUAUGGACUGGGAAAAAGUUUUUAGCUAUGACAUUUCCGAUUAGCGCCUGAUCUCAAAAUCUACAUGAUACUGCAAAAACUCAGCUACAAAAAGACAAAUAACCCAAUUAAAAAAUGAGCAAAAGAUAUGAACAGAUACUUCACUAAAGAAGACAUUCAGGUAGCUAACAGAUACAUGAGGAAAUGUUCACGAUCAUCAGCCAUUAGAGAAAUGCAAAUCGAAACUACAAUGAGAUUUCAUCUCACACCAACAAGGCUGGCAUUAAUCCAAAAAACACAAAACAAUAAAUGUUGGAGAGGCUGUGGAGAGAUUGGAAAGCGUAUACACUGCUGGUGGGAACGUCAAAUGGUACAACCACUUUGGAAAUCGAUUUGGCACUUCCUUAAAAAGCUAGAAAUAGAACUACCAUAAGAUCGAACAACCCCACUCCUUGGGAUAUAUCCUAGAGAAAUAAGAGCCUUUACAUGAACAGAUAUAUGUACACCCAUUGCAGCACUCUUUACAAUAGCAAAAAGAUGGAAGUAACCAUGGUGCCCAUCAAUGGAUAAAUCGAUAAAUAAAUUAUGGUAUAUUCACACAAUGGAAUACUACCCAUCGAUAAAGAACAGUGAUGAUCCGUGAAACAUUUCAAAACAUGGAGGAAUCCAGAAGGCAUUAUGCUGAGUGAAAUUAGUCAGUUGCAAAAGGACAAAUAUUGUAUAAGACCACUACUAUAAGAACUUGAAAAAUAGUUUAAGCAGAGAAGAAAAUAUUCUUUGAUGGUUAUGAGAGGUGGGAGGAAGGCGGGGGAGAGGGGUAUUCACUAAUUAGGUAGUAGAUAAGAAUUACUUUAGGUGACAGGAAAGACAACACACAAUGUAGGCGAGGUCAGCACAACUGGACUAAACCAAAAACAAAGAAGUUUCCUGAAUAAACGGAAUGCUUCGAAGGCCAGCGUAGCAUAGGUGGGGGUUUGGGAACCACAGUUUCAGGGGACAUCCAAGUCAAUUGGCAUAAUAAAAUCUAUUAAGAAAACAUUCUGCAUCCACUUGGAGAGUGGGGAAUUGGGUCUUAAUGGCUAGCAAGUGACCAUCUAAGAUGCAUCAAUUGGUCUCAACCAACCUGGAUCAAAGGAGAAUGAAAAACACCAAGGACACAAGGUAAUUACGAGCCCAAGAGACAGAAAGGGCCACAUAAACCAGAGACUACGUCAGCCUGAGACCAGAAGAGCUAGAUGGUGCCCGGCUACAACCGAUGACUGCCCUUGACAGGCAACACAACAGAGAAUCCCUGUGGGCACAGGAGAGCAGUGGGAUGCAGACUCCAAAUUCUCAUAAAAAGACCAGACUUAAUGGUCUGACUGAGACUAGAAGGACCCCAGUGGUCAUGGUCCCCAGACCUUCUGUUGGCCCAGGACAGGAACCAUUCCCAAAGCGAACUCUUCAGACAAGGAUUGGACUGGACAAUGGGUUGGAGAGGGAUGCUGGUGAGGAGUGAGCUUCUUGUAUCGGGUGGACACUUGAGACUAUGUUAGCAUCUCCUGCCAGGAGGGGAGAUGAGAGGGUAGAGGAGGUUAGAAGCUGGCAAAAUGGACACAAAAAGAGACAGUGGAGGAAGGGAGUGGGCUGUCUCAUUAGGGGGAGAGCAAUUGGGAGUAUGUGGCAAAGUGUAUAUAAGCUUUUGUGUGAGACUGACUUGAUUUGUAAACUUUCACUUAGAGCACAAUUUGAAAUUCUGUUCUGCGUUUUGCCCCCGUUUGAUCAGGAUUCUUCUUUGGAGUCUUUGAUCAAAAUGUUCAGUAAUGGUAGCCUGCUCAACAUUUAUUUAUAGAGCACCACUGUUUGCAGGCCACCAGUGUUGGGGCUGGAAAAGGAAGGUUUCAACACAAAGAAAAGACUCCCUCUGGGAGCGUAAAAUCUGCUGGAUCAAUGGUUCUGUAGGAUACAUUAUCAUGUGAAUGACUAGGGGAGAUACUGCUCCAGUCCCCCUUAAGAAUGGACCUGUCACAGAGCUGCGGACAGUCUCUAGCCACUGGUUCCCUCAGGAUCUGCCUCGAGCUCUUCCCAGGGCACCUCCAAUCAAUGCCUGAGCUCCUCGAGGGUCCUAGGGUCUGGCUGUUUCUGCCCAAGGUGGGGCUCUUCUAAAAAGAAGUUUUGCUCCAGAGCUCCCCAUGGGCAGGCGGAGGGGCAGAGGUUUUGUCAGGUCUGGAUUGCACUCUGACAGCUCCCCCUGCCCAGUCUUCCUUCUCCCUUUUUUGUUCAUUCCCCAAUAGGACCUUUGCGUGUCUACCUCCAUCUCAGGGACAGCUUUCUGGAGACUUCAAGCUGUGACACUCCUUAACAAUCACUUGCGAUGGGCACGGUGCAGGGCUGGGGCCUAAGGGGAGAGGGUGACGGAGAUGUGUCCUAUGCUAAAUGUCUUUCAGGAUUUCAGUGUGUGAGGAAAAACCAGUUGCCAUGGAGUCAAUUCUAACUCACGGCGACACCACGUGUGUCAGAGUAAAACUGCUCCAUAGGGUUGUCAAUGGUUAGUUUUUUGGAAGGAGGUUGCCGGGCCUUUCUUCCAAGGUACCUCUGGAUGGACUCAAACCUCCAACCUUUUGGUUAGCAACGGAGUGUGUUAACCAUUUGCACCGCCCAGGGACUCCCUCACUCUGUGAGGUACAGCACUUACCACUUCAUAACAUCUUCUCUCACAUGCCAACUUUGACGCAUCUAAACUGUCCCAAACUCAUGGGAGUACCUCAAAGCCAAAGGCCAUUGUGUUUAACAGAAGUCAUCCUUCUUCGAAUGCAAUUAUGACUUCAAAUAAUUACCCCCUCCCCAACUACUCCAACACAUACACACAAGUUUAGGGUUUUAUUUUGUUUUGUAUUAUACACACUGCAUUGAUUUCUUUUUCCCUCUGAACAACGUCCAAACCUUUGGUAAUUAACAUCUUGGGCUUUCUUCUAAUACAUGUAGGUCUGCUGUAUUCGUUAUUAACAGAACAGUCUACUUGAGAAUGUACUAAAAUUUUAUUUCGCUCUUGAUGAACAUUUAAAUUGCUUAUAGUUUUCUGCUACCACAAACAUUGCUACAAUGAACAGAGACUUGUGAACAAAAAUAACAGGAACAUUUGCUCUGCCACUUAUUAGAACAUGUUAUAAAGCGACAGUAAUCAAAAGGGUGGGGCAUCAUAGAUAGAACAAUAAAAUAAAAUAGAAAGACUGGAAACUAAGUGUACACAAGAACUCAGGAUAUCAUAAAGGUGGCAUUUCAAAUACAUGGACAAAGUAUGAAUGAUUCAACUAAUAAUGCUGGGACAACUGGCUACUCAUUUGGGGAAAACAGAAAGCCAGAUCUCCUUCUCGUAUCUUUCACCAAAACAAAUGCCAAAAUGAUAAAUAAUGUACAUGAAAAGCUUGAGACGCAGAAAGAAUGAGAGACCAUGUAAAUUUAUACAGUUCUGAAGUGGGAAGCCCUUUGCAAGUUUGACACCAAGAGUGGAGCUAUCCGCUGACUUUUACAAAAAUGUAAAAAUUGUGUGCACCAAAAACGCUCACAUACAAAAGUAGAAGACAAGUCACAACUAGGAAAACAAUAUGCACCACACCUGAAAGGUCAUAUAUAAAUACUUUUAAAAACGGAAUCAGAAAAAGACAAGCACCCAACAGGACAGAGGCCUUAACAGGCUUAGCCCAGGAAAAAAAACACCCAUGGCCAAAAAACACGAAACUAUGUGCAAACCUGAGCCUUAUCAAAGAAUGCAAAUUAAAACCAAGUUUAAUGCUUCUUUUUUUUUUUUUUUUUU